AUGUCGAUUACAGCCUCUCUUCUGAAAAGCCUUCCUGAUCCUUACCUUCCUCCCCCAGUUGACAGUGCCCUACUCCCCCUCGCACAAUCCGCCGAUCUCACUCUUGUCCCAGCUUCAGGCCCAGAAUACGUUCAAACAGCUUACCUCAAUGCCGUGGCAUGGAAAGGUCCCUUGAACAUGCAUCAGUAUCUUGAAAGAGAGGUCCAACUUCAAUCCGUUGCUCUCACCAAAGACGGCCGUAUUACCUGCUGGAUCCUCACCUCCAGUGCUCUCCCUCCAAAUCCCGACGGAACUCGUCCCAUUCUUGCCUCCUGCGAGUCGAUAGUCAUGUCCGCUUACAUCGCCCAAGCCGGUAGACUUCAAAGGGUUCAGGUCCAUGGCAUUGGAUCCGUCUACACGAGGCCCGAGUAUCGUGGUAAGGGCUACGCAGGUAGAAUGAUGGCAGACCUGGGGAAAAGACUGGAAACCUGGCAACAAAAUGACGGCCAGAAGAACGCCUAUUCCGUUCUUUACAGCGAUAUUGGUCGAAAGUAUUAUGCUCAAUUUGGUUGGAAACCCCAUGACAGCACUCACAUCCACCUUCCUCCGUUAGAACGCGGAGAGUAUGAGAAAGCUGCGAAAUCAUUGCCUUCUGUACAAGAUCUAUCGUCGGAAGACCUUCGAAAUCUGCCAACUGUCAGAUAUGCAGAAGAGGAGCUGCAACGCUCAUCCACAAAAGAGCCCGAGGCGACAUUCACUGCCAUCUGUCCAGAUGUGGAUCAUUUCGAAUGGCAUCACUCACGGGAGGAAUAUCUUACCAAGUUGCGCGGUAGUCGCCAACCCAUCGUCAAAGGGGCAGUGCAUCGAGACACAGGUCUUGCCCUGGUGUGGUCCCUUAGAUAUGCAAAGCAGCCAAAAGACUGGCAAGUCGCCCUUUUGCACACUGUGAUACCCUCCAACAUCGAUCCUUCUGAAGCCAAUCAACAAAUCUUCGCGGCCUUGCUUCUGAGAUGCCAAGUUGAAGCAGCCGACUGGGAUAUGGGCGGGGGCGUUGACAUAUGGGACCCGUCAGAAUUGGUCGUGGCUGCAGCCCAACUCUUGAGGACUCAUGACCAACCGGAGGUCAAAGUCAUCACACGUGACAAAGAGCACAUCUGCAGUCUUCGAUUAGAAGAUUCCCAAGAGCAUGACCCUGUCUGGAUUUUCAAGCAAGAGUACGCUUGGUGUUGA